GUGGUGUAGUACAGUGUACGCAACGCUUGUUCUCUGAUGAGUGAUCUCUCCCUGCCUUUGCCGCACAGCUAGCUAGCUAUGAUGUACUGGAGUGCAUGCAGUGGGAGAAGUAAAAGUUACAGUUCAUGCAGAGUUCUUUGUUUCAACUAAUAAAGUUACUUCAGUCUCAACUACUUCUCUUUAGUUUUUUUUUGUCAGCACCUCUCUUGUUUCUACCGUCAUUCUUUAUUACUAGUUUCCUGAAGUGUAAGCCUUUGCCAUAACUAGCUAGCAAAAUUUAGUAGUCAAAGAGAGGCAUUUGGCCACCUCCUCAGCUCGGCACACGUUCGCAUUACUUUUAUCUGUCCAUGGAUCACUUAUAUCUGAAGCUACCAACAAGUUAGGUACAUACACAAGGAAAUAGUUUCAGGGACUAUAAUUCGUUCCAGGUGGAGAAGGACUCUGGAGACAUUGGUCGACGGUGGCCACGGCACAGACAGACUUGCUGCAUCUAAAGCGAAAGGGAGAGUGGACCCUUGCCUGCAAGAUUAUAAUUUAUAGCCCUGGCCCGCCAUGUCCUUGGAGGAUCCUUACUUCGUCGUCAGAAAUGAAGUACAAGGUGCACUUGGCGAGUCGCAGCAGUCAUAUAGGCGAUGGCAAGAACUCUACGCAAACAAGACCACCCAGGGAGGACAGGAGUACGAAUGGUUAAAAAACAAGCUCCUGAACUCACUGAAGUCAAUUGACUGGGAUCUCGAGGACCUGUCUGAGACGAUUAGUGUCGUGGAGUCUAAUCCGGCCAAGUUUCGGCUUACGGAACAAGAAAUCAAUGAGCGCAAGAAUUUUAUCUACAGUUCCAAAGAUGCGGUAAAAAAGAUCAAGGACCAUAUUGGGAGCGCAGAAGUACGGACACAGGAGGAGACUGUGUCGCGUGACAAGCUCGUUGGUGCUGUGCAGCCGAAGACGAAGGGGAAGUAUGCCAAGCUGGAUAAUGAACUGGAGAGCGCCAACUCGCAAUUCAUUGCAGACCAGCAGCAGCAACAGCAGAUGGAAGUGGCAGCACAAGAUGUGCAGUUGGAAAUGGUUGGCCAAUCUAUGAAAGUCCUGAAGAACAUGGGUCAGGAAAUGAACUCAGAGCUGCAAGUUCAAAACCAGAUGCUGGAUGAGUUUGUGGGUGAAGUUGACCAGACACAGUCUCGCUUGGACUGGACUCUUCUCCGCCUGGAGAAAGUGAUGCGUCUGACCACUGAUAGACGGCAGAUGUGCAUCAUAUUCGCCCUCCUUGUUAUGCUCGUAGUCAUUGUUCUGCUGUUCGCGUUCACUCUGUAAAUAUCAUAAUCCUUUAGAGAGUCCUUCUUGCUCACUGCUGUGUAUAUAGCGCUGACUGUACAUAUACUCUCUGAUGCUCCUUCUGAGCAGCAGUCUUUACCAUGAUGUCCAAUCUUAUUUAUGCUGCUCUAUCCGUACAAUUCUGAGUCUUUAUGGUAACAUUGACGCUGUAACUUGACUAUUCUUCUCGUGUUUGUGAAGCUUGAGACAGUGCUGUCAUUUCGUUUAUGCCAGGAUGACGAUUGCUGCUACUUAUACCGCUUACUCCCAGAUGCACAUACGCCCCGCUUGAUCUAUUUUACUGCUUUCCCAAGCCAAACGUCCCGGUGGUGGUGGCACCAUGUUGAGCACUACUAAUAUUCAGCCAUAUUAAUUUAGUUGACACACGCCGCUCGUGAUAGGACGAGUGCGUGUAUGCACUGCUUACACACUAUUUGUAGUAUUCUAUAAUUAUCUUUUUAGAUGACCGGUCCUACUUGAUCAUUGGUGUCGUCGUAUGUCUCUCAAACACAGUAAAGUGCUUUUCACCAAAUUCUGAAAUUCUAGUUUUUUUUAGGAUACAUGGACCAAAUUGAGUUCAUAGUUGCACUAUAGUCUGUUUAUUUUUUUUAGUCUCAUUUUUUCAAUUAGACGUACUCUUGCUUGUACUUGGUGUUGAUAAACAAAGGAACGUUAAUGCCAGA